AAUACGCAUCAAAAUGAUGUCCCGCUCAGCCACAGGACGUUUGAGAGCACUGACUCAAACCACUGCUAGAAUUGUCGCCACCCGACCCAACGUACUCAGAACAGUGGCCGUGCCUAUCUUGAACGCCACACGUCUCUACACUACAACUGUCGUUCCUUCCACCAAAAAGGUCAUUCCUUACACGGUCGAUAAGUUCCCUGGGCACGUUAGAAACGAGAACUUUAAAAAGAUUACCGAGCAAGACGUCGACUUCUUCAAGUCUCUUCUUGGUGAAACCGGUGUUGUGUACAAAAAUGAAGAUGACCUAUUCGCCUUUAACACCGACUGGAUGAAUAAGUUCCGUGGAAAGUCUCAAUUGGCAUUGAAGCCCAAGACCACCCAGCAAGUGUCUGCUAUCAUGAAGUACUGCAACGACCAAAAGAUUGCUGUCGUACCACAGGGUGGAAAUACCGGUCUGGUCGGUGGAUCUGUACCAUUAUUUGACGAAGUUGUUUUGAGCUUGCAAAACAUGAACAACAUUCGUGGAUUUGAUGAUGUUUCAGGUGUUCUUAGUGCUGAUGCAGGUUGCGUUCUUGAAGUCUUGGAUAAUUGGUUGGGUGAGAAAGGUUACAUGAUGCCUUUGGAUUUGGGAGCAAAGGGAAGUUGUCACAUUGGAGGCAACAUUGCCACUAAUGCUGGUGGUCUGCGUUUGUUGCGCUAUGGUUCUCUUCAUGGAACUGUCUUGGGAUUAGAAGUAGUUUUACCCGAUGGUACCAUUCUCGACAACAUGGCUACCCUUCGCAAAGACAAUACUGGCUAUGACUUGAAGCAAUUGUUUAUUGGAUCAGAAGGAACUAUUGGUGUUGUUACUGGUGUAUCUAUCCUCACACCCCAUCGUUCAAAGGCUGUCAAUGUUGCUCUUCUUGGAUUAAACUCAUUUGAAGACGUCCAAAAGGCAUUCACACACUCUCGCAAGGAACUUUCUGAAAUUCUUUCGGCAUUUGAAUUCUGGGAUAUCAAUGCUCUCGAAAUGUUCAAGAAGCACGCUGUUACUAAAGCUGCCAUGGAAAACGAGUACCCCUUCUAUGUUUUGGUUGAAACUAGUGGAUCGAACAAGGACCAUGAUGAUGAGAAAUUGAACAACUAUCUUGAAAAAAUGAUGGAGAACGAAGUGGCACAAGAUGGUGUUGUUGCACAGGACGAGACCCAGAUCCGUAGCUUGUGGGCAAUUCGCGAGGGCUUCACUGAGGCGUUGGGUAAAGAGCCAGCUGUGUACAAGUACGACAUCUCUAUGCCUGUGCCCAAGAUCUAUGAGUGUGUAGAGGAUAUGAGAGCUCAUUUGACUCAGGGUGGUGUUUUGGGUAAACCUGACUCGGCUGUUAUUGAUGUCGUGGCAUAUGGUCACGUUGGAGAUGGAAACCUGCAUUUGAACAUUGCUGCUAACCGUCACGACAAGAAGACCUCUGAGUUGAUUGAACCUUAUUUGUUUGAGUGGGUUGCCAAGCACAAGGGAUCCAUUAGUGCUGAGCAUGGUUUGGGUGUGGCUAAGAAUGAGUUCUUGGGGUACUCAAAGUCUCCUGUCAUGAUCAAUAUGAUGAAGACUAUCAAGAACCUGUUUGAUCCCAAUGGAAUUAUGAACCCUUACAAGUAUCUUCCUACCAAAUAGACGACUUUUUAUACCUUUGUAGAUUAUUAGGAUGGUCAAGUAUUAUUAUUAUUAUUAUUAUUAUUAUUACUAUUAUCAUUGUUACUGUUACUGUUAUUAUUAUUAUUAUUUCUGCUUUAUUAUAAUUGUUUAUUCUAUCAAAAUAAUUACAAGGGCUAUAGACUGUAAGAAACAACAACAAC